AGGGGCCUCUCUAGGCAGAGAGACGGAGGCCAGCUCUGUGGUUUCGCAGUCGAGCCGUUAGUGGCGGUUAGAACCCUGAGCGCGCGAGCUGGCUGCUGAUUGGCUGAGGAAGGCGGCCCCUCUUCUGAGGAGGGGAGGCUGUCGGGUAUACUUUCAGGCGGCCCCAAAGAGCCUGCAGGGACCACUGACCAUGGCUGAGGGAGAUGGACUCGUGUCAAUCGAUUACGAAGUGUUCGGGAAAGUGCAAGGGGUGUUUUUCCGCAAAUACACACAGGCUCAAGGAAAAAAACUAGGUGUAGUUGGCUGGGUCCAGAACACUGACCAAGGCACUGUGAAAGGACAGAUCCAAGGCCCAACUCUCAAGGUGCGGCAGCUUCAAGAAUGGCUUCAGAAGACUGGAAGUCCCAAGUCCCGCAUUGACCGAGCUGAAUUCCGUAGCGAGAAGAAGAUCACUCGCUUAGAUCAUAGUGAUUUUUCUAUUGUCAAAUAACAAGGGCCAAGGGAGCACAGCACCUCAUUCAUGGAAAGAGCCUCAAGUUUUCCCUUUAGUUUUCUGUUUGUUCAUUGUUUACAUGCAUAUUUGUUCACUCCCAAAUGUUAUUUAUUUAGUGUUUAUUGAAUGGCCAAAUAUAUAGUCAGAUUUAGUAAUGUAUAACCUUGAUGUGUUAAUAGAGCAUACAUCCAGAAGUAUGCAAAAAUUGGAUUGCCACAUUGAAAAGCUUGACAUGAAUGAGCUGUCAUAUGUUUUUUUUCAGGGCUAUUGGUGGAAUUUCUAGUUCCCAUGCAAACUAUGAUUUGUUUUAGUGUUUUUAUGAAAUAUGCUUGGUUUUAAUUCUCUUUCAUAAGUGAUUCCUAAUACUUUAUGAAGAGUAUAAGGUAACAGAAUGUAAUUCCUGGUUUUGUUAUUGUGAAUCCUGUCUAUACUAUAAAAAAGCUGGUUCUCACAAUUUGUCACACCUCAUAUGACAAGGAAAUAUAAAUGAGCCUAUGCAAGUGAAAGGGCAGAGAACAUAAGAAGAGGCGUGUUGGAGAAGGCUCAUUUAGUUCAGGCUUCAGUUCUGACCACAGCCAAGCAAUGUCAAGCAAGACAUGAGGGCAGUAGUAGUUCAUAUCAUAUUCCCCAUUAACUAUGUUCUGAAAUGUACUGCCCCUAUUAACGAGGAAAUGCAUAGUUAGUCAUAAUACUAGUAACUAUUGCUAGCCCUUGCCCUGGUGGUUAUAGGGAAUGCAUUAUUCCACAAUUAUUGGGGUCAUGAGAGGCAGGAAACAACCUUUUCUCAGGUAGUGUCCUGCAAUUACCUUUUUCCCCUCAAAUAAGUAAAUAGUUGCCAUUCAUUCCUAUGGAGAAAAUAAAGCAGUGUAUUUAAGUGCACAA